UCACUACUACUACUCCUACUAUCACUACUCCUGCUAUCACUACUCCUACUAUCACUACUCCUACUCCUGCACUGCACACAUCUGCACCCUCUACGUGUAUGCUUAUUAGCACUCUCAUUCGGCCUUCACUCUUGGUAAUGAGUCUUCCAAAAGGCCAGACACUUUGGCAUAAGUUGUUCAAGAUUUUGUUGUGUCCUCUCUCAAUGGUUGUAGCCAUCAUUGCCUUUAUUCUUUUGCUGCUAUGGGAGCCAAUACAAAUAACUCUUGUGGCUGUUGUGGGUGUGGCAAUGGUCCUGAGCUUGGGACAAACGAUUGUUGUUUUUCUACCCUUUGGGCCCAGCCAUGAACUGAGGUCCAUCUGUGAUUUGGUUCUCAGAGGGAUUGCCUUCACAACGGAGGUUUUUACCAUGGCGGCCAUAUUUGUGGGUCUGGAGGAAAUUGAGAAGUGCUGCUCGAUACACUGGCGCAUGAAAGUGAUGGGAGGGUAUACAGCCUGGGUGGCUCUGUUCUACUUGAUGUUCAUAUACCUCUGUUGCAACCAGAGUUACCAGAGGAAAAGUAAGAUUUGUGAAUAUUAAGCAGGUUACUGUUUUUUUUUGUCAUGAAUCUUGUUCUGGAGGCAGCUCUGAAUAGUGAUAACUCUAAUGC